GGACUGAUCGUUUCAGUUCUCAACUCUUCGGUCAGGAUUUGUCCAUUUUUUCUUUUUUUUCACAUUACUGAUCCUUUAGGAUUAAUCUAAUCUUAUUUUGAUUCCUGAAAUAUUGUUACGGAUUCGCGCGAUGUCAACGAUAAAUACAGUGAUCCAUGUGAUCGAUUUGUGUUUGUGAGAAUCGCAAUUCAAACAGUUGGCUUUUUAAUAAAUUUAGAAGAGAAUUUGAAUGUGAAUGUAAAAGCAAAUGCAAUACGAUGCAUUUGGGAACAUAGAAAGAUCAAUUCACGAUUUUUUUUUAUGUAAAUUACGAGACAACGAAAUUUAUUUUUGAAAAGAUGCCUCCUCAAGAAAAAUUUGAAACGUCCAUGCAUUUGAACAAUAGUCGGGAUAAUAAUUUGAAUUGUCAGAACUCGAUGGAUAUUCAAAUACCGGAAGCAAAUGAAGUCAAAGAAGAAACGAAAGAUUUAGAUUUUGAUGAGUUGUUACCCUAUGUCGGAGAAUUUGGACUUUAUCAGAAGAUCCUGUUUAUAUUGAUGAUUCCUUUUACUUCAUUUGUAGCAUGGGUUUAUUUCUCACAAAUCUUUAUCACGUUAAUACCGGAAAAAUACUGGUGCUGGGUACCGGAACUAAAGAAUCUUACAUCCAACGAAAGACUCUCGCUAGCAAUACCACUCGACCGCGAAGGUUACUCAAGAUGUAGUAUGUACGAUGUAAAUUAUACUUUGAUUCUACUAAAUGAAAGCUAUGUGCCGAAUCCAUUGUGGCCGACAAAAACUUGUCAGCAUGGAUGGGAAUUUAAUUAUAGCGAUGUCCCUUAUGCAACCGUGGCUACUGAGCUGGAAUGGGUUUGCCAAUACGAUUCCUUGCCAACUGUGGCUCAAAGUAUUUUCUUCAUUGGCGCCAUAUUUGGAGGGUUAAUUUUUGGAUGGAUCGCCGAUCAAUAUGGCAGGAUACCAGCUUUGAUCGGAGCUAAUAUGAUGGGAUUUCUCGCAGGAGUAGCUACGGCAUUCACGAAUACCUUUUGGCAGUUCGCAUUAUGCCGCUUUUUUGUCGGAUUUGCCUUCGAUAACUGCUUUACUAUGAUGUAUAUAUUAGUGUUAGAAUAUGUUGGACCAAAAUGGCGAACUUUUGUGGCGAAUAUGUCGAUAGCCAUGUUCUUUACGUUCGCAUCUUGUAUCUUACCAUGGAUCGCUUAUUUUUUACUCGAUUGGAGGAUGACCUGCAUUGCAACCUCAGUUCCUCUUGUCCUAGCCAUAGCGACGCCAUGGCUGAUACCGGAAAGCGCUCGAUGGCUAGUCAGCCAAGGUCAAGUGGACAAGGCCAUCAAUAUUCUGGGAAAAUUCGAGCGAAUAAACGGCACUAAGGUACCCGAUGACGUCUACAAGCGAUUUCGUGAAACUUGUGCUAGAAUAUGCAAAGAGGAGGAAGCUGAUAAAACAUAUUCAGUAUUAGAUUUAUUCAAAACACCACGUCUACGAAAUAUUACUAUAUUAUUCAUCAUUAUCUGGAUGGCGAUUUCUUUAGUAUUCGAUGGUCACGUACGAAACGUCAAUAAUUUAGGCUUGAACGUGUUUGUCACAUUCACGAUUGCUGCAGCAACCGAAUUGCCCGCAGACACGUUCCUCACACUCGUUCUCGAUCGAUGGGGCAGAAGAUGGCUAGCUUGCUGUUCUCUUGUCAUUUCCGGUGUAUUUAGCAUUUGGGCUUCUAUAGUUUCCAAUCAUAUUUAUACAGCUACUUUGGCAAUUCUGGGUCGAUUUUGGAUAAAUAUCUCGUACAAUAUCGGUCUCCAAUAUGCAGCUGAAGUGUUGCCAACGGUAGUUAGAGCUCAGGGUGUAGCUCUAAUACACAUAAUGGGAUACGUCGCCAGUAUCCUUGCUCCCUUCGUCGUGUAUCUCGAUGUCGUUUCAUCGAUUUUGCCUCUUCUUGUGUUGGGUACUCUUGGUAUCAUAUGUGGUCUUCUGACUCUGUUUCUACCGGAAACGUUAGACAAGGAUCUUCCACAAACGCUGCAGGAUGGAGAGGAUUUUGGAAAAGAUCAGAAAAUGUGGGAUUUUCCUUGUAUCGAAAGAAAACAUAAAGAUGAAGAAAUAUCACCAGUCGCCAUGUUCAGAUCAUUUUCCAGAUGCAGCACGAGGAAUUCGAUGAGAGCAUCUCUCCGUGGUGAAACCUUAAGGAGCAAUAUGAUACGAAGAUCAAGCAUAAAAUCUAAAAAAUUCAAAAGCUCAGUUAUAGAAGUGGAAAAAUUGUAACGAAAUAUUCAUUACGAAUAUUGAUCUCUAAUGAAUAAUUAUUAGUCUUCUAAAAAAUUGUGCAAUAUUAGCAUAAAGUAAGUUGCAAAAGUAAUCUUAUUCCAGAAUUGUGAUCAUUAAUUUCCCAUCAAAAAUGGGAUUAAAAAUUAAAAAUUAAAAAAAAUUUAAAUCUUUAAUUAUCAUAAAAAUAGAUAAAAAUUAAAUUACGAAUUUAGAUUAAAGUAAUGUUUAUAAUAAAAUGACAAGCUAUUGUUUUUGAUUAUUUGAUAUUAUUAUGAUAAAAUAAAGCAUUUUUUUUCUGCCAUCAGUAUAUAUAUAUAUAUAUAUAUAUA